AUGCGGGUCUUCGCCAAGAACGCCUUAUGCUCUGUCACGCUGGCUGGGGGCUUUGCUCUCCGACUGACCACGGCCCAGUCGCGCUGUCGCUUUAAGUUCGGGCGGAGCGGGAGUGGCUGGCGACUGGGCACCUGGAGCCGCCCAAGCCACGGCCACCGGGAGUCGCGGGACCCGCGAGCCAUAAGGACGCGUCUGGGAGGAGAGUUGGGGGCGGACAGCGCUCCCGGCUUGCGGCGGGCACCUCGCGAGCAGAGGACGCUCCCCGGGACCCGAGCGGCGGCCCACUUGCUCUUCUCUCUUCUUUGCCCUGUCCAGAUGUAUGACGGCCGCCGCAUGGCCUCUGCCACCCGCUGUUGCAUGACGGCCGGCGGCUUGGUGAUUCUGGUGACCGGGACACUGUGCUUCGCCUGGUGGAGUGAAGGAGAGGCAGGUGCCCCGCCCACCCAGCAGGCCCCGCCUACCGAGCACCCCGCCCCUGCCACCCCCGGCCCCCUGCUCAGGCCGGUCAGCUUCCUCUGCUGCAGCGUUGGUGGCCUGCUGCUGCUCUGUGGCCUGCUCUGGUCCCUCAAGGCCAGCGUGCAGGGGCCGCCCCAGUGGGACCCGCGCCCUUGCCCCAGAGACCUGGACUACUGUACCAUGGAGGCCUUGGACAAGAAGAGCUGCAGGACCCCAGAGGGAGUCACCAUCCCCACUUAUUCGGAAGCCAUGCACCGUCCACUGGCUGAGGGGCUGCCGACCCCACCUGUGUACCCCAUGCAGGCAGACCUGAAGUGCAGUGCCCCGGGAGAUGCCCUGCUUGGGACCCCGCCGCCCCUGCCCCCGCCCAGCUAUGAGAGCGUCGUCCUUGACCUUGACGUCAUUCAGGAGAGACGAGUCCUGCUCUAG